AUGAAGGGAGAUAGGUCCCGAAAUCUUGGGAUGUGCUUGGAUUUCAGGUAUGCGGAAUGGCAUCAGCCCAAUCCUUCCCUUCAUGCAUUGAUGGUAAAUAGAGACUACAAGUUUAUGCUUGUUGAGCCAUGGCCUUCCAAGCGAAGCAUGUUGAGCGGUGAAGCAAUGACGAUCGGAUUCUGCAGAGAUGUUCAUGAGAGCUACGGCAGCUACUUCUCUAGCUUGAGGCCUAAAGCCAAGUUGGUCAAAGAGUGA